AUGAGCAGUGAUAAUCAUUGCCCCCCGUACAGGCAUAAGUUCAAGGGUAUCGAAAAUUUCCUGCGCCGAGUUGCAUUUAAUCUAGGUAAUACCCCAUCGCAGACAGAGGUCAAAAUUAUCUCAUGCAUCCCGAUAGACGUCACCGACCUUCAGCAGAAGAUCAACACGCUCGAGAGAGAACUGUAUGAGGUGCGAGCAGGCACCAAUAAGAACGACAAUAUAAAGGCGAACGCCAAAAACACGCCAAACCCAACUCGGCAGACCACACCUAUCGUUCAGACGGCCCUUGGAAAGCCCAUUCCGAUGUUUUGCAAGUCUAAGAGCAAGACGCAGUGUAAGUACAGCCAAGCGAAGACUUCCGUCACGAGUCAAGGGUGCAACACGAAAUUGAAUAAACCUCGCAAAUGUCGCUUCAAACGGAAAAGGUCGAGCGUGUGCAACGUAUCGUCGUUUUCUUCCGAAGACAAAGCCGACGGUCAAUACAACAUGGCGUAUAAAAUCGAUCCUAAUUUCUCCAGAACGAAAGUCCCGGUGGCUAAGGGAUGCUACAAAAAGAGAAAUUCCGACAACGCUUCGGCACACGCUGAAAAUGUAACCGCUGAACAAAAUGAAUCUAAAGAUGGAGACGUACCGCCGAAUAUAGUAACCAACGAAUCGGACUCUGAUGAUACACUUGUAGCAGAUGAAGCAACGCAGAGAAAAGAAAAGCCCGGUCUUCUGCAAAAGGUGCUGCGAUCAGUUAAGAAAUUCAAGAGAUACAAACCGAAGAGGCAAAAGCGAAGCGCGAAGGGCGAUAUCGACUCCGAGGAGAGCGGUACUGAGAGCCAGACCGUUUACAGUUAUAAAACCUACAGAGAUCUCAAUCCCGGCCCGAAGAACAAUACGGCGAAGCCAAAAUCGACGGUGCAAGCUGAUACACAGGUCGAUAAAUCGUUUCAAGAGAACGUCAGGAGGCUGUCUCCUUACAUGGAGCAGGAAUACAGACGCUACUGGGAGGAAAAAUUGAUGUUCCAUGAGGGAAAAUCCCCACUCCAUUCUUCCGAGAAAUCCCAUGCAUGGACGCGCAGCCCGCAAAGCCCAAUGUACUGGCGGGGCUACGAAGCCAGGAGCGCAAUUCUGAAGGACGGAGAAUUGAAAUUACCACGCGGGUAUAGAAGAGGCGACGGGACUACGCAGAAAGAGAGGACAGGCCUUAAGCUCGAGUGGAUGAAGAAGCAAAAGUUUAAAUCAAUCAAAGAACACCAG